GCAGUCGGACUCAGAACGGCCACAGUGCUAAAGCAGCAGCGGGAGAUCUCGGGAUACUCAGUUGAAUAAAAAAAGUAGGAGGUCGACUCUCGUCUACCUCUCUCGCUCGUAUAUUUCAACGCGUUCUACACAUCCCCAAAUCAAAGCAACUAUUUUCCAAAAUGAUUAAGAAAAUGACGCCCUCUGAGAAUGAGUUUGACAUACCGGCUAAAAACUGCUACAGGAUGGUAAUUCUGGGUUCCACAAAAGUUGGAAAAACGGCUAUCGUGUCCCGGUUUCUCACCGGCCGGUUCGAGGACCAGUACACGCCGACCAUUGAAGAAUUUCACAGGAAAUUCUACAGCAUCAGGGGGGAAGUUUACCAACUAGACCUGCUGGACACGUCCGGAAACCAUCCCUUUCCCGCAAUGAGAAGGCUGUCCAUACUCACAGGCGACGUCUUUAUACUGGUGUUCAGUCUGGACAACAGGGAGUCUUUUCGGGAAGUACAGCGCCUGAAGCAACAGAUCUUCGAGACCAAAUCCUGCCUGAAAAACAAGACUAAAGAGAACGUAGACGUCCCCCUGGUGAUCUGCGGGAACAAGGGCGAUCGAGAGUUCUACAGGGAGAUCCAGAGGGAGGAGAUCGAACAGCUGGUCGCCGGGGACCAGCAGUGUGCCUACUUCGAGAUCUCGGCCAAGAGGAACACUAACGUGGACAAAAUGUUUCAGGCUCUCUUCACCAUGGCCAAGCUGCCGCACGAGAUGAGCCCGGACCUGCACCGCAAGGUCUCGGUGCAGUACUGCGACAUGCUUCACAGCAGAAAGUCAAUCAAAAACAAGAAAUUCAAAGACAGUGACGCGUAUGGGAUCGUGGCGCCCUUCGCCCGACGACCCAGCGUGCACAGCGACUUGAUGUACAUAAAAGAGAAGGCGAUUGGCGGCGGUCAGGGGAAGGACAAAGAGCGGUGUGUCAUCAGCUAGAACCGAACCAGGACUCGGCAGUGCACGAGAACCUCCUAUUCAGACCGCCGAAGCCGUGCUGGCGUAGACUUGAUGCCUGAUGCGCGAGAGGUUGUUCCCGCUUCCCGUGGCGCGAAAGCGAAAACCGGGAGAACUGGGAUGCCGAAAGACGCCGUGCGUUUUACAAGGGGCUAAACUCUCCGGCAUGAAUCGUGAGACGCCUGGCCAAACUGUUGCGCGCGUGAUACCAGACUUUAAUCGAGAAUGUAUUAUUCUGUGGGGUACAGACCGCUUGAAAUGUGAUGUGGCUUAAAGAAAUCAACUGACACUCUUUCCAACAUGGUGUAAAAUGUGUUCUUAAAAAAAAUCUUUAUCUGCCUUUGCUGACAGGUGAAACUCCAUGGGUGGAGUGCAAUGUCCGGAAUACUACUGUUUACAUUUUGUGAUAGGCUAUGUAUAUAUAUAUUUUAUAACACUGAACUUGAAUGUUUGUUGCAACCUGAACAAAUCUCAUCGUGAAUGUAUAUUUAUUAUGUCAACGUUGACCUUUUCUAAAAUAAAAAAUGUAAAAAUAAAAA